CAUCGUCACUGCUACUUUAAUCUCAAAGAAUACCUUUUUCCGUGCUCUCAAGCUUCACACCAGCAAUUUCCGUGCAUUACCAUCAAGCUGCAAGCUUAUCUACCAAGACCCACUUUAUCUCAACUCAAUCUACCAACAAACACCGUCAAAAUGGUCGCUUCUACUUGCUGCAAGACUACCCAGGGUGCAGGCUGUGUCUGCGCUGCCCAGGCCAAGUGCUCCUGCGGUAAGGAGUCUGCCCUCCACUGCACUUGCAAUAAGGCUUCCUCUGAGAACGAGAUCUCGGGCCCCCGCUGCUCUUGCCGCUCUCGCCCCGCUGGUCAGUGCACCUGUGAGCGAGCUGUCUCCGAGAACAAGCCCGUCCAGGGCGAGACUUGUUCCUGUGGUAGCCGUCCUUCUGCUUCCUGCACCUGCGAGAAGGCCGAAGCUGUUGAGUCUGCUCUGGAGCAGGACUUCACCAACCGCGCAUAAAUCACCUUGCUAAUUGACGCUGCUGAUUGAUGAUCCAUGCAUUUCUGGGGUUUGCUUAAGGCUUAAGUUGCAUUAUCUUCUGGGUUUGGGAAGGCUGGCGUUUCGGUGGAGCCAUACCGGGCUUGCUUUGCAUUAUUACAAAAUAGUUUGAUCCAUAGUAUUCGUACGUGGCCCAUUUUGUGCCAUGAAAUAAAAUCAUGCUAUCACUCAAAUA